AGAUUAUGUGGCCGUCGGCAUUUUGACUUCUUAGCUUCCGCAGCCCUGAGCUACUGCUGUUCGCAAAUUGACUAUCUGCAAGCUCCAUCCACUUCAAGGAGUCUCAACAGGAGUCAGCAGGCAGCUGAAGCUGCUUUAACACUACCAUCGGAGGUAGUGUCUUACAACUCGCCUGAGCUUUGCAAGACCGUUAGAGACUACUUGAAAUCUAGGCUAAAGGAGCAAACUGGCCAACUUAGCAAUCUCCUUGCUUCAGAAGAUCAAUUCAGUGAUCUCGGUCUUGCUAGGCUUCUCGUACAUCUGUCAGGUCGUGUUACCAAACUUAGCGAUCUACUUGAUGUCAAAUCAGGUCUCCGUUUCCUUUGGCUCCGACCUAUCUGGAUUACCAACUUAUCAACCACUUCAGCUUUGUCUUCUUACCUAAAUGAUUUGCUUCUCUCGCGUGACUCAGAAAGAAUACAAGCUGCCCUAUUUCUAGAGACUUUGGCGCGUGAAAUAACGAAUUCAUCCUUAUCUUUGAAUAAUAAGUCUUCUGAAAACUUAAAUCUCUCCUGCAAGGACCUGGAUAUUCUGGAACCUUUGAGUGUUACUCGACUCAAAAUACUUGCUCGCAAGUGCAAUUUUCCACCGGAAAGAGCAAUGCAUCUUGUCCGCUUAGCCAUUUCAGGCAGAUUAAAAACUGAUUAUAAAUAA